AUGAGGUCGCCUGGUGGAAACGAGUUGCCUGAAGAAAGUUGCCCAUUGCGCAGGCCAGGUGAAACGGAUGCGACGCAGGAUGAGGUCAUCGAUCUCACAGACAGCAAUGGGGAUUCCGCAGAUCCCUAUGCCGCCAUCACGCCGGAUAUAUCCACAUCAUCUUCGCCCUCCGCCUAUCGACCAGAGGUGCUGCGAACGGCAGAGGGCGAAGAAGCUCUGCUCAGCUGCGACGUACCUCGGAUAACAGACGUAUGGCGCCGACGCGCACUGGCUCUGCCAACCGAAUUAACAAGGCCUUCCGCUUCUGGCGCAACGAGAGACGCUGGCAUCUCUAAUGUGCAGGACGACGCCAAGGCAGCGGAGACUCUCUCGCGAGUGAUUGACAAGUCGGAUUUCGGGUCCAUGGAGGUUGUGGGUCAAUUCAAUCUUGGGUUUAUAAUUGGACGCCGAAGAAAGCGUACAUCGUCGUCCAUCAAGCCAAUUGUAGACGAGGUCCUGGACGAUUUGUUCAUCAUUGACCAACAUGCCGCUGACGAGAAGUAUAACUUUGAGACGUUGCAAGAGACAACAAAGAUCGAAUCUCAAAGGCUAUUUCGACCACAGCCUCUAGAAUUCGCUGCGGCUGACGCGCUCCUCGCUACUGAGAAUAUCGACAUCUUGCGGCGGAACGGAUUUGAAAUCAAAGUAGAUGAAGACGCCAUCCCUGGUGAGGGCCAUCGACUACAUUUGGUAGCCCAGCCUACCAGCAAGAGCACCGUGUUUGAUAUGAAAGAUCUCGAGGAAUUACUACAUCUUAUGCAAGACCGGCCGGCGGGUCAGAUGGUUAGAUGCUCGAAGGCGAGGGCCAUGUUCGCCAUGCGUGCCUGCAGGAAGAGCGUCAUGGUUGGGAUGCCUCUCAAUCGGCAACAGAUGAUCUCCGUUGUACGCCAUAUGGGAACCAUGGACCAACCAUGGCAUUGUCCUCACGGGCGGCCCACCAUGCGACACUUAUCUGACAUCUCAGGAACAGGCCGAGACUGGCGGACUGAAAGAAGAGAAGAGGUUGACUGGACGAAUCUCGGAAGUCAGCCGCUCACUUAA